GCAAUUGGAAUUGGGCGCUAGCUGGAAAGGAAGUGAGUCACACGGCAGGGACACGGAAACGCAAGUAUCAAUUCAUAAUUGUUGGUUGUGUAACUUGUGUUGUGUUGUGUUGUGUUGUGGAAAUACAUAGUGAGUGAGUGAGUGUGUUUAGGAAGUAAUCUAUUAUGCCAUGGGUUGCUGCCAGUCAUGGUUGCUGAAGGAGACUCAUGAGGAAGUUGUAUUACACAACAACAACAACAACCACCAGUCUCAAUUGCAAUUGCAAAGGCAAGCAUACCCAGCUGACCUAUCUUUCACGGAGUUCUCUUUGACAGAGCUGAAAUCCGCCACCAACAAUUUCAGCUCAGAGUUUAUCGUGUCGGAGAGUGGGGAGAAGGCACAGAACGUCGUUUACAAGGGGCGUCUCCACAACCACAACCAGAACCGUUGGAUUGCGAUUAAGAAGUUCAGCAAGGGUGCUUGGCCGGAUCCCAAGCAAUUCGUGGAAGAGGCAUCUGGUGUUGGCAAACUCCGACAUCCUAGGCUUGCUAAUUUGAUUGGUUACUGUUGUGAUGCCGACGAGAGGCUUCUUGUUGCCGAGUACAUGCCUAAUGACACUCUCGCUAAGCAUCUCUUUCACUGGGAAAAUCACACCCUUGAGUGGGUCAUGCGCUUAAGAGUCGCUCUCUACAUUGCACAGGCUUUACAUUAUUCUACUUCCGAGGGCCGCCCCUUAUACCAUGAUUUGAAUGCUUAUAGAGUUCUUUUCGAUGAGGAAGGUGAUCCACGUCUCUCAUGUUUUGGUUUAAUGAAGAACAGCAGGGACGGAAAAAGUUAUAGCACUAAUCUUGCUUACACACCUCCUGAAUACUUAAGAAAUGGAAGGGUCACCCCUGAAAGUGUCAUUUACAGCUUUGGUACAGUUAUCCUAGACCUGCUAAGUGGCAAGCACAUCCCUCCGAGUCAUGCACUUGAUAUGAUACAGGGAAAAAACAACAUGCUCUUAAUGGAUUCACAUUUGGAGGGAAAGUUUUCUACAGAAGAGGCAACUGUAGUUGUUAAUCUUGCAUCUAAAUGUUUGCAAUAUGAACCGAGGGAGCGGCCUGAUACAAAGGAGUUGGUCACAACGCUUGCUCCAUUGCACACAAAACCUGAUGUUCCUUCUCACAUCAUGCUUGGAAUUCCAAAGCACGAGGAGGCUCCAGCAAUCCCCCAACGCCCGCUAUCAGCGAUGGGUGAGGCUUGUUCAAGAAUGGACCUCACUGCAAUACAUCAGAUAUUGGUUGCAACACACUACAGAGAUGAUGAAGGAACUAAUGAGUUGUCUUUCCAAGAGUGGACACAACAGAUGAGAGAUAUGCUGGAGGCUAGGAAGCGGGGAGACUACGCAUUCCGCGACAAGGAUUUUAAGACAGCCAUUGAUAAUUAUUCGCAGUUUAUUGAUGUGGGGACGAUGGUCUCUCCAACUGUUUUUGCUCGGCGCAGUCUAUGCUAUCUGUUAUGUGAUCAAGCAGAUCCUGCUCUUCGAGAUGCAAUGCAAGCACAGUGUGUUUAUCCAGAUUGGCCCACGGCUUUCUACAUGCAAUCAGUUGCUCUUGCAAAGCUGGACAUGCACAAGGAUGCGGCUGAUAUGUUAAAUGAGGCAGCUGCAUUGGAAGAGAAGAGGCAACGUGGAGGAAGAGGAGGAUCAUAGACAUACUUGUAUAAAAGUUGAGCUGGGAAUCUGAAAUUACUUAUGAAUCUAAAAAAUCUCAUCACUGCUGGAGUAGAUAGCACAUGCAUUUUGUUCCACCAAGCUACUCUAGGAAGGGAGUAUUGGUGAUUUUUCCAUCGUCAAUCAAAUUGAUUAUUUGACGUCUAAUUGGUCACUAUCAGGAUCCAAGUGUUGACCAAGAUAUUCUAGCUCCAAACAAGUCAAGGCUUAGUAUAUUUAAUAUAAAUUUGUAGUAUAUUGUAGUGGCAUGAUAUACAUGGACUAAUA